AUGUCUGCCACCGCUUCGACUGGCUCUCCGAUCCUUCGUAGGGGAGGUAGCAGCAGCAGAGCCGACUCUUCUCAGGAGAAUCAUAGCUCCGCUGAAGAGUCCUUGGCCCACUUGACCGCCCGCUUGGACCCCACCACCGUCUCCCUCAAGAAGACCGCCACUGCGCUUACCUCGACCAAGCUCGGCAACCAAGCUGGCCCCAAGAAGGUGAAGGUCAACCACGAUUCUUCUCCCUCCAACGAAGUCAACCCAAUGGACAAGCUACUUGCCAAGCUCUCCGAGCAACAAGCCACCCUCUCCAAGCAGCAUGAGGCUCUCAAGUCUACUGACGAGACCGUGCUUUUCCGAACUGUCGAAUACGCCUCUGCCCAGGGUUCCGUUCCCAUCACUCCUGCCACCGAGUCCUACAACAACAGCACGGCCCCCACCACAAGCCCACCAAGUGUUGCUGGCGAUAAUCAGCCUCAGAGCGCUGCAGAACUCGCUCGGCUGAAGGCUGAGCUUGAGGCCGCACGCGGAAAGAUUGCUCGCAUGGACCAGGAGCUUGCACAAACUCGUAUCACCAAGCACACCCUCGACCAAGCUAUCGGUAACACCUCGGAGGCUGACUACACGUCGAUCCUUUCCACCGAAGAUCACUUCCAACUUCCGCCUGUCAACCGCCCACAAUACACCAGAGAUAGCUCUUGGGCUGCUCAAGACGACAACCGAUCUGACACCAGUGACGCUCUCUCUGCCAGCGGCUUCAACAGAGCACGUGCAAUCUGGAAUAACGGCGGCAAGCCAAACUUCGUUGGUCCCAACACAGCCUUCACUUCGGUCCCAGGCCCCUUGCCAGGCUCCUUCCAACCAUCCGAAAGCAUGGCUGCCAGUCAAUGGAACCGACGCGGCUACGGCCAACCUUUCGUUGAGUCGAUGCCCUACGGCCCUGGCCCAGCCAACGCUUACAGCGGUGAUCGUAUGAUGCAGGACCCCGAUUUGCUUAUGGCUCCUCCAAUGGGUCGACGCAACCAACCCAGUGGUGGUCGAUUCAACAACAGAAGCAGUAACUCCUUCCCUUACGCCAGUAGCAACAGCUCCUUCGAUGGCUACACUCCUGCCUCAACCGCAUACGGCUCCAUUGCUAACCUGCCUGGUGGCCUUCCCAACUUGGGCGGCGGCAUGGGUGGUAUGGGUGGCAUGAAUGGCAUGGGCAUGAACAUGUACAGCGCAUACCAGCCACAGCCAAUUGGCACUCCUCUAUCCCCUCACGCACCCGAGUUCACCGCCUCUAGUGCUGGAUGGAAGAGUGAGUCUCCCGCUCCUGAGGGUCAAACCUACCUUCCAACCACUGAGCCUCUCAACUAUCGUCGUCUUCUUGACCGCACCGUCAACUGCAACUGGAAGUAUAUUGUGGACAAGAUUGUUUGCAAUAACGACCAGCAAGCCUCCAUUUUCCUUCAGCAGAAGCUCAAGGUCGGUACGACUGAGCAGAAGUAUGAUAUUGUUGAGGCAAUCGUUGCUCAGGCCUAUCCAUUGAUGGUCAACCGCUUCGGAAACUUCUUGGUUCAACGCUGUUUCGAGCACGGAACUCCGGAGCAAGUCAUCAAGAUCGCCGAGGCCAUUCGAGGCAAUACCCUAAACCUCUCCAUGGAUGCUUUCGGCUGCCAUGUCGUUCAGAAGGCAUUCGACUCUGUCCCUGAGGACUACAAGGCCAUUAUGGUUCAUGAGCUCCUUCGUCGUAUCCCGGAGACCGUCAUCCACCGCUAUGCUUGCCACGUUUGGCAAAAGCUCUUCGAGCUUCGCUGGACCGAGUCUCCUCCCCAAAUCAUGAAGUACGUCAACGACGCUCUUCAUGGCAUGUGGCACGAGGUUGCUCUUGGUGAGACUGGUAGCUUGGUCGUUCAGAAUAUCUUUGAGAACUGCCUCGAGGAGGACAAGCGACCAUGCAUUGAGGAGGUCCUUGGUAGCAUUGACAUCGUUGCUCAUGGUCAAUUCGGCAACUGGUGCAUCCAGCACAUCUGCGAGCAUGGUGCCCCAGCUGACCGCAGCCGCGCCAUUGACCAUGUCAUCCGUUAUGCCUCCGAGUACAGUAUGGAUCAAUUCGCCUCCAAGGUCGUUGAGAAGUGCCUUAAGAUUGGUGGUCCCGACUUUCUCAGCCGCUACCUCGAUCGGGUCUGCGAGGGUCGUCAUGAUCGUCCUCGUAUCCCAUUGAUCGACAUCGCCAGCGACCAAUAUGGUAACUACCUCAUCCAGUACAUCUUGACCCACUCCAACCCUCAACACCGCGAGCUUGUUGCUAGCCACAUCCGCAAGCACAUGGUCUCUCUCCGUGGAUCCAAGUUUGGCUCUCGUGUCGGUAUGCUCUGCACCAACCCUGCCAUCCAGACUCGCCCUGGCCCUGGCGUUGGUCCUGCCAUUGGUCCUCCACCUCGCAUGGGUCCUGGCCCUCAAUCAGGCCCUCGCUAUGGUGGUGGAUAUCGUUAA